AUGUUGAUGUCAAUGUUAGGCCUGAAUAGUAUUAUUCGUUGUGCUGCUUAUCAUAGGUGUGGAAUUAUGGCUACAAAAAAAUUAGUUUAUCCUGCGGCUAAUCGUAAUAAGGAUCCGAUACUCUCAGUUCUUCAAAAAUAUAUUCAAUAUAGCCAAGAUCAAAUUUUUCUGGAAAUAUCAUCUGGUUCUGGACAGCACAUAGCUCACUUUGCUCCUUAUUUUCCACAAGUGACCUUUUAUCCAUCAGAAUACGAACCAAGAUUGCUACACAGUAUUUCAUCAUAUGCAAAUGAGUUUAAAAAUAUAAAACAGCCUUUAAGAAUAGAUAUUACAACCAAUUUUCGUAAUUGGGGUAAUGGUAGUUUUACAGAAAAUAGCAUUGAUUAUAUAUAUAAUGCAAAUAUGAUGCACAUUUCUCCUUAUGAAUGUACUAUUGGAUUAUUUAAAAAUGCUGGCAAAUUAUUAAAAGAUAAUGGUUUCCUUUUUACAUAUGGCCCAUAUGCUGUAGAUGGACAAAUAACACCAGAAAGUAAUGUCAACUUUGAUAAGUCUCUGAAAUUUCAAGAUCCGGAUUGGGGUCUGAGGGAUAUUAGAGAUUUGAAAAAGCUAGCUGAAGAAAAUAAUAUUAAGCUAAUAGAUAUUUUUGAUAUGCCAGCAAAUAAUAAAACUAUCAUAUGGAAAAAAUACUAAGUAAUAUUUAAAUCACAUUAAAAUGAAUAACACAUAAAUACAAGCAUGAUUCACAAAUAAUAAAAUAUUACGUAAAAUUUAACACAGAA